UGUCAGCGAGUGGAAACUACAGACAGAAGAAGGCGCACAAGAAAAAGUUCUUACCGGCAGUCAGCAGAACGUUUUGUAACCUGAAAUGUAUUCUACAAAAAGUUGUUGCUUGUUGUCGUUGAUUAUUUAGCAUUCUUCAUAGUAUUUUUUCAAAAUUUCGUUGUGUUGGUGCAAAACGAGUACGGUAAAUCGUGUGUGUGACCGCCAUGCGGUGUGGUUUUGUCAGUGUCAGCCUGGUGAGAUCUCAGUCACGGCUUGGUAGGCGCAGCUCAGAAGUUUCAGUUUCUUUCAGCCACUGCAGCCGCUUCCGCUAAGCCUGUCAUAUGAGAAAUGGAAAUGUCGUUUUCUGUUUGUUGCUUCAAGUUAAAGAUAAAAUGAAGAACACGCAUGAUACAAGUAUCAGAUCAUCACUACUUGGCAUUCUGGAACAUUUACCUGGUACAUCAUUUCAUGGAAGUGUUAACUCAUGUCAAAAAAUUUCAUUUGGUACAGUUGUCUUUAAGCAGAUUGGUCCGAAAACAACAUUAAUCAAAGAUCCAAAAAUAGUAAUAAAUAAAUGAAAAUAAACAAAACAGGAAGGUCUGUCAGCAACCUUCGAUUGGUCGUGGGUUUCCCUGAACUGUUUUGAGUUUUCGUCCACCAUAAUGCUGGCUGCUAGUGUAUAAGUGAAAUAUUCUUGAGUAUGGCGUAUAACACAAAAGAAAUAAAUAAAGUAAAUUUUUCGACCAUAAACAGUACCUCAUGUUGAAGUAAAAUCUAAUUUUGUGGAAUCCUCCCUGAAUUUCAGGAUGGGUAUUCAUUCACCCAUCAACUUGGAAAACGUGUCCAUAUUGGUCAUGUUGUAAAUAGGUUUGGUAAAAACUAAAUGAUUCGUAACUGGUGCCCUGCGGUGGGGAUAUAUAAUAUACAAUCUGAACUACAUGUACAUGUAGGAAAAUUGGUUUGUGAAUGUCUGGUGAUGAAUUUUUGUCUUUUAAUUUCGGUAUUGAUUUAAUUUCUGAGCUCAUUCCAUUUAAUGUAUCUCUCAUACUUAUGCAUAUGUCCAUGUUUUGAAUCAAAGCUGUAGGUGAGAUUUGGGAAAAAAUUGAAUACCAAGUCUGUAUGAAGAGAGCCAUAACAUCAGGAGAAUAAUGCAGUCGAAGUACCAUGAAAGUCCCGCUCUGGGACAUGGUCCAUCUAAGGCAGUAAGAUGUCUGAAAGGCUUGGCAUUUCGUGGAGGGCGGCAGUGUGGUCAGGGGAGAGGAGAGGGUAUCCAGUAUUAUCACCUCUCAAGCAGUAGUAUUUAUGACAGUCCGUGGGAUGAGCCCAGAAGAUCGUCAGACUACAGCGAGAUCUGUCUGGAUGAUAACAUGGAUUCAAACCUUUUUGACACAGAUUUUGCAGAACGACAAGAGCCGCAUGAAGAUUUCACAGAAUUGGCAGGUGUAAAUGGAAAUUUCCCAGAAGUGAUGGAGAAGUCUGGAGGUGUUCCAGAACUGAGUGAAACCAAUGAAGACUUCUCAGAAAUGAUAAAUACAGGUCAAGACUUCCCAAACACGACUGAGACAGGUCAAGACGUCUCAGGACUGAAAUGUUUGAAUGUGGAAUUUCUAGAAAUAAUGGAGAAAGAUGAAAAUUUAUUGGUUCUGAACAAAAUGGAUGGUGAUUUUGUAGAAUGUGAUGAGUCCUCUGGAAGUUUUCCAGAAAUUACUGGGCCAUGUGAAGAACAUAAGCAUCAGGAAGAUGAUGGUGACUUCAAAGUAAUUAGCGAAUGGCCAGCAGAGAAGUCCUCCUGUCUACACAACACCAACUUUGAAACUAACUUCUGCUCAACCCUGAAACUUAUUGAAAAUCCAAGUUCAGAACUGGAAAGAAUUGUCACAGUGAGAAGUAACCCUUGUGUGAAAGCAGCGGAGGAGACGAGCAGAGGAUGUCAGCUGUCAGGUGCGAGAACAUCAGUGGAAAAACCUGUCUCAAAGAGAACUGUGCAACUAUGCAAAGCUGUGAAGAAAGAGAAAAGCAGUGUCCAGGGUAGUUCAGCCUUGGUGUUUGUGAAACAAAGGGGUUCCACAACACAGUCAUCCAGACGUAGGUCUGACCGAUCUCAUGGAUGUCGAAUGAAGGGUGACAAGAAGUCAAACUCUCACAGAGGCUGUGACAUGAAUGACACAAAGAUGAAAUCUCGUGGAGAUCAGGUUAGGAAGGAUGUGAAGACAAGACCUCAUGGAGAUCAGGCUAGAGAUGACGAGAGCAAGAAAUCUCGUGGAGUUCAGGCUACACGUGACAAGACUAAAGACAUGUCUUCAGAGAGAACACUUCAGAUCUAUGACCCUCGAGCCCGUUUGUCAAAAUCCUUGUCCUGGUUACUUCGACAUUCUGCAGAAGAUUAUGGCCUCACCUUGAUGUCGGGUGGCUUUCUCCCUGUGGAAGAUGUACUGAGAGUACCAGCGUUUCAGGGAUACAGUAUCUCGGACAUUAAGGAUGUGGUCAUCAAUGAUGACAAGAAACGGUUUCGUCUGGUGCUGGACCAUGGCAGCUGGAAGAUAAAGGCCAACAGUGGACACACCAUCAGUAUAUCGGGUGUGUCUGGCGUCUCCUCUGGAUCACAUGGCUCUGGAAGGUUGCGGAGAAGGCGGCCUUUCAGACGGGACCGCUUAGUCACCUUGUCACGUUUCCUGGCAAAGAUUCUGCGUCACACGGCUGUCAGUAAUGGUCUAAAUGUGAUGAAAGGAGGGUUUUUGUAUGUGGAUGACUUGUUAAAGUUAAGCUACCUAAGACAUUACAGAUUUGAAGAUGUGAAGAAGGUUGUAGAUAAUGAUGAGAAAACCCGGUUCACCUUGAGUCCUGAUGAGGAGAAUUUGAUGUGGAAGAUCAGAGCUAACAGAGGUCACACUCUGUCUUUUGAACUGGAAUCUCCAGCCUGUGUGCGGAGGACAAAAAUACCAGUGCCCAAAUCUAGGCCGAGCACUAGGCUGACAGAGCUAGAGGUUGAGACUAAGGCCCUUCUUCCUGAAGUAAACUAUGACCAGAAUUCUGAAGAAAAUAAACCCAUGAAUAUGCAUGUGCAAAAUGACUGGGAGAUGUCAGAGGAAGUGUCAGUGGUUGUUGAACAGACUCAGGUAACAGAAUGUAAAUAUGAGAAGAAAAGGGAGUUGAUGGAGAUGAAGGAGGCCAAGACAGGAUUGGCCCAGAAAACGGAAUUUGAGUUCCCUAUGGAUACAGAUCAUGAUGAGAAACUUGGUGAUUCAUGGAAGGUGAAAGAUUGCUACAUGAUAGAGCGGGACUCAGUGAGCUGUAAAUGUGGCAGUGAUUGGUCUCUUGAUCUUCUGUCCAAUGAUCUGCUGUCAGGGGAGGUCACCAUGACAACAGGAUUGCAAGAUGUUCAACCAAAGAUGAAACCAGAAAAACAGGAUGCCAGCAUAAAGGUGGAAUACGAGGAACAUUCGUUGCCUGAAGAGCAGGUAACCAAGGGACCCAUGACUUCUAAAUAUGUACAGAAAACCAUCUAUAAAAGUGUCAAGUAUAGCCGAAUGGACAGAGAGAGUCUGAAGACCACAGUUAUCAAGGUCCAACAGAACGAGAUGUCUCAAGGAAAGGUACAGAAAGAUCACAAUUAGUGAGUUAGAACCCAGUCAAUAAGAUGAAGAAAGAUCCUAAUUAGUGAAUUAGAGAUCAGUCAACAAGACAAAGACGGUACAAAACAAGAUUAAGAAAGAUCCUAAUUAGUGAGUUAAAAACCAAUCAAUAAGAUGAAGAAAGAUCCUAAUUAGUGAAUUAGAGAUCAGUCAACAAGACAAAGACGGUACAAAACAAGAUUAAGAAAGAUCCUAAUUAGUGAGUUAAAAACCAAUCAAUAAGAUGAAGAAAGAUCCUAAUUAGUGAAUUAGAAACCAAGGGAAAUGUCAUGUAGUGCUGUUAUGUGCCCAGGUUGAACUGUUAACAUGAGUGGAAGAGCUUCCUCCAACACGGUCCGUUGUUGAACUUUGAAUAUGGAGUCUGCUGUGAACAAUGUUGCCCAAGAAAAUCAGUCAUCCAAAUCUCAGAGUUUUCAAAUAAACCUUCCUAAGUACAUGUAUGUAUGGAAUUUGCUAAACGUUUUACACAGAUGGACAACAUGGUGCAGACCUUCUUUUAUACACUGAUCCAGGCUUCUAUUUUUCAGCUGGCUUAGGUAGAAGACCAUCGCCAUUGCUGCAAUUAAAUGGUUACCACACUUGAGGGCUAGUCAUCUGUG